UAUUAUUUCAAAAAUGUUAAAGUUGUUACAAGUGUUAAUAGUCCUUCUAGGGUUAACCCUAGCCAGAAGGAAUAACGAGCCAGGCUUACUCAUUGCAAUGAGUGAGGGAUUUUUAGAAUCUAUCAAGCAGAGUUAUUACCCAGAUCUGGUAGAAAAGAUGAACAUUAUUCAAGUGAAAGAUUUCAUGGAAGGGAAAUACUUAAUGAAAGAACUAGAUAUGUCCUUAAGCAUGCCUCACAUUGAUGACAUUAAGCUAUAUUUUGAUCAGAAGAACAAUGGUGUUACUCUUGACCUCGAAAACAUAGAUUUUGAACUCAACGGGAAAGUUAAAUUUUCAGUCUUUUUUAUCAAGCUUAGGACAUCUUUUGAGCUCAAAGGAACAUUCAGUAAGAUAUCUACUACUUUUGCGAUCGAAAAGCAGCCGAAGAACGACAGUUAUAUUCCUGCUGUCGAAAUUAAGAAAAUAAGUACUUCAAUCCGCAAGGACUCCUGGGAACUAUCUCACAGGAGGAAAUUAUAUCGUUUCUUUUUAAGACCUCUCAAGCCUAUAAUAAGAGAAGUUGGAAUGCCCAUAUUUGAGGAUGCUGUUAAGGGCCAGAUUCGUAAAUUAGCUCCUAAUUUUAUCAAUAAAGAAAUAUAUAAGUCAGUUGAGAUCCUUGCAGAGUUAGACCCAUGGCUUCUGAUAAAUGUGGGAUUUGUAGGCGAGGUGAAGAUCACAGACGAUACCUUAUAUCUACCCAUAGAUGGGACCAUUGUCACUCCUAAGCAGCCUAGUAAUGAUUCCCAUGAAGCUCCCAAGCUGCCGCUCAAAAAGAGAGAUCCAGAUGAAUCGAUCAGUAUCAUUGGUGGAGAGUUUUUACUUAACACUCUGGCAGAUGCAUUGAGCUUAUAUAGUUAUGAUUUUGACUUAGAAAUAGAUAAAUAUGAGGUUAUUCUGCAUAUCCCAAAAAGACAGAGUGCGAUUAAUAUCACAAAUAGCCAAGAUGGGAUACACUUCCUGGCAAAGGGAUAUACUACUAUUAACAACACAAAUAUUGCAAUUAACUCCACUGUGGAAGGAAACCUCAAAUUUUACUUCAAGGAUGGAGAUGACAACCAUCUGGUUUACCUCGUAGCUAGACUGGACCGGGAGUCCUUCAAGGUUAAAACAUAUGGCUGGGAAUUGAUCGGAGAGGAGGAAGCCAUGGACUGAGUUGACCAAAUAUUUGGCCCCAUUACAUAUGUAUCUGAUGAGAAAAUUGACCUUGCUCCACACCCUAUUGAAAGAGAUAUGUUUGUAAAAUUAUUAGCGAAGUAUAAUGGAGGAGAAUAUACUCCUAACUAUAUGUCCUUUGGAUUUAUAGUAUAG